UGACUGAUGACGCGCGGCGGGAGUAGCUUCAGUGAGCGGAAGCUCGUUCGUGAGUCACUCACCAGCGAUCGAGCGGAAACCUGCAGCACCACGACCGAAGCAGUCGAGGAGUUCAAAGUCUCAACGAGUCGUCAGAAUACAGCACACCUAGAACAAAGAAACGAUGCCUGUAGACAUUAACAAAGGCAAGAAGGCAUUCGUCCAGAAGUGUGCCCAGUGCCAUACUGUGGAGAAAAAUGGAAAGCACAAGGUUGGGCCCAAUCUUUGGGGUCUGUUCGGACGCAAAACGGGUCAGGCAGAGGGCUACUCCUACACUGACGCCAACAAAAGCAAGGGUAUUGUCUGGGAGGAGGACACCCUGAUGGUGUAUUUGGAGAACCCCAAGAAAUACAUUCCAGGAACCAAGAUGAUCUUCGCCGGCAUCAAAAAGAAGAACGAACGCGCCGACCUCAUAGCAUAUCUCAAGUCCGCAACUUCAUAAAGAACACUUCAUCCGUGCUUUCCGGUUAUCGUGUGUCUGGACAAACUGCUCUUGAGGCCAGGACUUGUCUUUCUUUCCAAAUCAGGGAGAACACCAAGCAGUCUGAGUGGUGUUGUCAUCUUUGUCACAGCUGUACCUCUGUUUCUGAUCAGAUACCCGUCGUGUUGGAGUAAAUUAUAUCCCCUGUUUUUAACAGAUUCCUUUUCUAACGUAAAUUAUCAAAACCAUUCACUGCUGUUUUCUGAAUGUAGGGACUGAAUGCUGUGUAUAGAGUUGACGACUUGACUGUAAUCUAGUGUUUUGUUUCUACGUAGUUUCACGGUUUAUAUUUUACUGUUGCCUUAAUACUUGUUCUAAGAAUAACUGUGCCUCUGUUCCAGAUGCCUCAACAGUCUUUUAUUAUGUCCAUUUUGAAUUUGUAAGUUGAUUAAAAAUGACACUAAACAUCG